AUGUACAACGGCUGCGUCGGCUGCCCGUACAAGACCUUCUCGGCCUUCUACGACUACUACGAGGACUUUGACUACGCCGACAAGUGGGUGAGCGCCGCCCUCGACGGCACCAACAUGGCCUUCAGCAGCGGGCGGCACGGCCCGAACAACUUCGCCACGCUCGGCGACGCCGCGCGGAUCGAGGCGGUCAAGAAGGGGACGGCGUACAUGAACGUGUGGAUGUACGUGAUCCGCGAGUUUGAGGACGCGAUCGACGACUGCGAGAACUGCGCGGACGGUCUGAACUGCAACGAGUUGUCGGACUCGUUCGGGCCGGACAGCCCUCAGUACAAGGCGGUGCACGCGUGGGACGAGGGCGUCGCCUUCUACGCCGGCUCGCUCGAGGGGCCGAACGUGGGUGGCAGCUCGGCCGGCAAGAUGGUUUACCGGCUCGCGGAGAAGCGGUGCGCCAACUUUGACACCUGCGAGUCGGGGAGCACGGGGCUGUCGAACGUCAACAAGGAGCUGCUCGCGGAGUUCACUAAGGGCGAGGCGUACCUCAUGGACGGCAACUGCUCCGCCGUGCGCCCCAUCGUCGACAGGAUCAUCAAGCAGAUGACGGUGCCGCUCGUGCAGGGCUCGCUCCGCUACGCGUACAAGGUCGGCUCGGAUCCGGUCUACGAUGACGUGGGUACGGGUCGGUCGCAGAAGAACGCGGCGGAGGGCGCCGUCUUCACGGCGGCCGUGCUGCCCCUCGUCCACGAGUGCAACGUCGCCGCUGCCAAGACCAUCAGCGACGAGAUGAAGUUCGGCCUGUACGACCAGGGCGACUACCCCGACUUCGCGGCGGUCAAGGCCGCCUUCGAGAGCACCUACGACUGCCUCGGCAUCACUUGCGCCGACGUGGGCGGCCUCUCGCCUGGCGGCGUGGCGGCGGCGUGCGACGGAGCGCCCUCCUGCCUCCCUGACGAUGAACUUGACUACGACGCUGAUGGAGAAUUUCGUCUCGCUGACGCCACAUUCUUAGCUCAGGUCUGGGCUAACCAAUCAUCGUUUACAAACCCAUCGCCGGGGGUCACAAAGCUCCCCCCUUGCAAUGGGGGUGACUUUAACGGCGAUGGGGAUGUCCGCCUCCUAGACGCCGUUCUUUUGGCGCAGUACUGGGCCUUGAACAACCCGAAUAGCCGACGCCGCGCAACGGCGAACGAAUGGUCCGGUGACAGCCCGGGACGCUCGCUCGCGAGCACCAGCACGCACGGUACGAUCGUUGGACGCAAGGACGGGCAAAAGAUGCAACUCUUUGCGUACUCGAGCACGCCCUGGACCACCGUUGAGGUCGCCUUUGCCGACGGCGAGAUCGAGAGCGUCGCCGCCGAGAACGGCCUCACUGCGAUCAUCCACGCGAACAAGAAGCAAGUCGGCAUCGGCGAUCUGUCUGGUUCGGGCGCCACCCACCCUUCCGGCCUCGCCAUGACCGUCACCUUCAGUCCUGACACGGACAUGGACAGCGUUCGCAUCGACUUCUCGUCGGAAGUGACCGCGAUUGUCCACGCCAUCGCCCAAGUGCAGGAUGUUGGGCCAGGCCCCGCCGGCCUCUUGUUCCACUGA